GUAUAUUACCAGAAAUGUGUCCAUGCAAAACGCAGGAACAGUAACUGUUUUUUGCUGCCCAUCAAUGACUCAUUAAGAGGUUUUGCAUUAUUAGUUUUUUGAUCAGAGAUUUUAUUGUUGUUGAAGUGUGAAGAAUCGCCGUGCUGCCAUGAAUCCACCGUGUGGGAGAUGCAAUAAGCCAGUUUAUCCAACAGAAAAAAUUAACUGCCUUGAUAAGUAUUGGCAUAAAGGUUGUUUCAGCUGUGAAGUCUGCAAGAUGGCCCUGAGUAUGAACAACUACAAAGGCUUUGAGAAGAAACCCUACUGUACUAUGCAUUAUCCCAAAUCUUCCUUCACCAUUGUGACCGACACCCCUGAGAAUCUACGUCUGAAACAACAAAGCCUGCUCAACAGCCAGGCCCUUUACAAGGAGGACUUUGAGAAGAACAAGGGGAAAGGCUUCAGCGUGGUGGUCGACACACCAGAGAUGCAGAGACUGAAGAAGACGCAAGACCAGAUUAGCAACAUAAAGUACCAUGAAGAGUUUGAGAAAAGUAAGAUUCGAAGUGAUGCGCCUCCUCCUGAAAACAGACAAGAACAAGAAUUGCAAGAGUCAAACCCUGAAAGAUUCAACCAGCCUGCUGGACAGAUGCGCCCCGCUGUUGCGUCGCCACCUAGUGGAGGGAAGCGUUACCAGGCCUUGUACAGCUAUGUGGCAGCAGAGGCGGAUGAAGUUUCUCUGCAGGAAGGCGAUCUGGUCUCAGACGUCGAGCCAAUUGACGAGGGCUGGAUGUUCGGAUGCAACCAGCGCACCGGGAAGAAGGGAAUGCUGCCGGCCAAUUAUGUCCGACCUAUUUGAGAAACGAUUAAUACACAUGCAAACCGGGCGAAGCGCACAGCAAGGGGACAAACUCCUGUAAUGUGGAUUUAGCCUGACUGCUGUAUGGUAUAGAGUUUGUUUUUCCAGGCAGUUUGACUUUUGGGAUUUUGCAGUAAAGUGGAACUGACCUCUAUCCCCAAUUAAAAA